AGUCAAGUUGCGGUCUUUUUCUAGGUUUUAUAUAGUACGAGAGUGGAACCUAGACCACUUCAGUUCUCUCUCUCUCUCCGUCUCGAUCAAAAUCUGUCGCCGAUCAAAAUUUUAAGUUUAACUACUGAAUAGGAAAUUUAAUCAUGAGUUCAAUGGAUCAAGGAAGGAGACCAAAUAAGUUCAUUGCGAACAGAAACAACAAGAUAUACAUGGACCUCAAAGACAUAAUACGAGAGCACGCCCUCCCUUUCCUUCCUGCUAAAUCACUGUUCAGGUUCAAAGGGGUUUGUAGGGACUGGAAGCUCCAGAUUUCAACUCCUUUCUUUGCACACAAUCAAUCAAAUAAUUUUCAUAGAGUCAUGGGCUUCUUUUGUCAAUCCCAGUCAAAGCCACCUUCAUUUAUAUCCCUUGAUCCAAAUUCAUGUGGCAUUCCAGACCCAUCUUUGCAGUUUUUGCCUGAACCGGUUGACAUCAGGACUUCUUCCAAUGGCCUACUCUGCUGUCAGGGUCGCACUGGCGAGCAACCCUACUAUAUCUGUAAUCCUGCUACCAAGCAGUGGAAGAAACUCCCUAAACCCACUGCUAAUCAUGGGUCUAACCCUGCCCUCGUACUCAUCUUCGAACCAUCUUUACUCAACUUCAUUGCUGAGUACAAGCUCAUUUGUGCUUUUCCAUCUGCUGAUUUUGAUAAUGCUUAUGAAUUUGAGAUUUAUUCCUCUUCAGAAGGAUCUUGGACAAUUUCACGCGAGAUGUUCUUUGGUGGUGCAAUGUUCAUGCCUUGCUCAGGUGUCCAUGUGAAUGGAAUUGUAUACUGGCUCUCUAAGAUGGGUGGUGGUGGGAUUGUAUUUUUUGAUCUCACCAUGGAGCGUACACAGCGCCUCUAUUCUUCUCAAAAUGGCUGCUUGGGUGUGAUGGAUGGGAAGCUUACUGUGACUAGUGCUUAUGGUCAGGCACUAACUGUGAAUGUGCUGUCUAAUUCCUACACAAACACAAUGGGGAUGAACAGCAGAGUCAAGGCUUGGGAUAGAAAACUUCAUGUCAAUUUAAGCGACAGGUCAGAACUUGGUGCACUUCCUAGUUAUACUCAUUCAGCACAUGAUCAGGGUGCUGUUCUCUUUGCCAGUGGGGAUGUGAUUGUGUUUCGCUGUGACAGAGCACUUCAUACAUAUGACAUGAAGACUAAAGAAUUUGGACGCCUAAGUUGUGAAAUUGAUAAUGAUGUGAGAUUUUUUGGUUAUGUGAAUGGCCUUGUUGAAAUCUAGCUGGACUGUCUUCUUAUAUGUCGUGUUUACAGCAUUUGCAACACUGUCUAGCCAUAAUAUGACACACCGAGCAGUUUACAUUGGGUUGUAAAUGGUUUAUUAUGUAGUAGUCAGUGAAAUAAUUUAGGGCUAUUGUGUUGUUAGCUAUCAGAUUUGACUGUGUUACUGAUUUACAUCUAUUGCAACUUUCGGUCUUUUUGGUACAAAAUUGUAAACAUAUUAUGAUUUUCGUUUUGGAAUUGAGAUAUCAACUGGAUGAAACAAUUUACUGAAAAUUGUUCAGUUUACCUGGACCUUUAUUUAGCUAUCAGAUUUGACUGUGUUACUGA